GCGAGGAGGAUUGGUCACUGGUGCAAGACGGAAACCUUGCUAGAGGGAACACUCUUCAUGACUCUCAAAAAAUCCAAAAAGUUCAAGAAUUCUCCAAAGGGAAAAUUCGCUGCUAAGGGUCCCCUCGCUCCUUCCUCGCCCGCGCAAGUCGCAAAUCGCAAAUAAUAUGUCCUCGUCACACUUUGAUAGCACACCUCCUUCUGGGCCACGAGCAGAACAGGCCAAAUCGCAUCACUACAGCUCUGGGCCCGCACGCGGUUCAAGACGAGAAGACUCGCGCGAAGAAUAUUACCGCAGAUCGAGAUCCCCUCCCUAUCGCCGCGAUCAUCAGAGCCCUCCUCGCCGCGGACGAAGUAGGGACAGAGACAGCAGACGGGAUUCAUACGAAAACAACUACAGACCACGAUACAAUUCGCGUUCGCCGGUCCGUAGAUCAUCUGCAAGAUCACCGCUGGAGGAGAAACGUUCAUACGAUUCAUACAGGUCAGGAAACAGGCCGCCAUUAGAGGAACGAGGUGCAAACAAUAGCUAUAGUCCUCCACCUCAAAAUCGUGUACCACCAUUGACCUCGACUCGACCACCAGCUACUGUCACAGCAGUUAUUGAUCAGCCUUCCGAGCCAUCAAAGCUGACUCCACCUCCAAUUAGCGAUGAAAUGGCACCAAGAGCCGACAAUAUGGAGGAGUCAAGCGUUCAAAAGCAGCAGCCCCAACAACCAACCCCCUCUGAAAUCGCCGACGUAAAUAUAGACGCGAGCUUGCAAGAUGAAUUGAGCUUGGAAUUCGGCAACAAGGUUCUUGUCCUUCUCAACGAAUGCACGGAGAUGUCGUCGUUAAAAGCUCAGCAACAUACGGAAAAGCAGAGGCUCAAUCGAAGAACGGCAGAGUUUGAGAAAUUCAAAGCACAUCAUGAGAAAUUCCCAUCCAGCAAGGAGUCUCAAACUAAUGCUAAGACAAGCGCGGAAAAAGCCUAUAAGCUAGUCUCGGACAAAAUUCGGCAAAAGGAAAAUUCACUUGCCAAGACUGCUAGGGAAACUGCUGCAUAUUUUAUUCCAAGCAUUCUCGAUAAGGGCCGUGGUAACCUUGACUCCUCUGAAGUGGAGAAGCGACUGCAAGAAACUUCUGACAAUUUUACGAAGCUAUUCAAUGAGCAAAAGCGGUUAUUGGCCCAACAACAAAAAUUGAGUCAAUCCUUGGAAGAAAGACUUCAGAAGAGAGACGAGGAGUAUUCAAAGCUUGUAAAGAGCCAUGAAGACCAAAGAGCGGCCUCUCAACAAGAGAUCAAUUACUUAAAGUCUACAUUAGACAGUAUCUCCAAUCAAGUCAAUGGGGCCGUUUCAAGUAUUCAAGUCAUCAAAGACGACGUCUGUGGUGUUAAGAAGGAUGCUGCCACUCAAGCAAAGGGUAGGGACGACGCUAAUGAGAGGCUUACGGAUGUAGAGAAUCUCGCAAGACGCGUUAACGACAUGAAUAAGAUGCAAACACGGCUGACAAAGUUGGAAUCGAGUUCUGUCUUCCAGGACACUUUCUACGGGCUCGAAAAGAAAUGCGAGGAGGUGGCGUCGAUAUGCAAAACCAACAGCGAGGAACUUGGCAAACAAGCUCAAAGUCAAAAUCAAAGUCAAAAUUCGCUCGCUUUAAGAUUAACAAAGGUUGAGACAAGCAUGGUCGAAAAGAAAGACCUUGAUCCUAUUCGUGAAAGAGUUAAGAAGCUAGACUUAUCGGCAAAUUCUCCUGCGCCACAGGUCCAGCCUGAUUAUUCAAUGCUUAUAAAGAAGCAUAUUGAACCUUUGGACCAGAGAUUGGCCGCAUUUUCUGGCGUCAUUGAUGGACUCAAGAUUUCAAAACUGGCUCCUAGUCUCACUACAUCGGCGCCCUCCCUUGAAAGCUCCCAGAUUAGUGCUUUCAAAGCUCAAGUGGAUAAGGUUGAAACCACCCUUACGGCUUCUUGCGAUCAACACACUUCAGACAUCAACUCCCUAAAGGCUAAAGUCGCACACCUUGAGACGAAUAAACCUAAGGACUCUGCCGAUAAGCGCCUUGUCAAUCUUGAGAAGAGGGUGGGCGACCAGGAAUUAUUAAUUAGCAAGGAAAGAGCUUCGUUCAAUACACGAUUGAACAAUUUGGAGCAGCGACCGGCUGCACAGGUACCGACAGCAGCAGAUCAAGCUCAGCAACUAUCAACAACCGAUGCUUCAAGCCUCAAAGCACUUGAAGACAGAUUGGAGUUGGUCGAAGAACAAUUGAGCGAUGUGGCACCCUUGGCCGGAGAACUUGUAAAUGAAGCGGUAAAACGUAUGCAAGGAGACCUUGAACAACAGCAGGUCAACACCAAUCAGCUAAAGGCUUCUAUCAAUGCUCUUACCGACAACCACAACAAUCUAAUUCGGCAGACAUCCGAUGUCUCCAACAUCUCUCUCAACGUCUCUCAAACACUUGUGGAUAAAGGUGUUUUCUCGCGUAAAGAGGUAGUCAAUGGCUUGCUUGACACUGUCGAGAGUCACGAGGCCGCCAUCGACAAUCUCCAAGCUAGAGUCGACAACAUUAACACAAGUGACUUGCAUCACGCGAUGGUGUCCACUUUGGUAGAAGCCCAUUUGGAAGGCAGUACGGUCAUCGGGGACUUCAAUGCUCGACUUGGUCGACUGCAAUCAUCUCUCCUGGUACUUCAAAGUGUGAAUCCAAGGGUAAUUGGAUUGGAGUCCCAAGUAUCCGAGUUGACGACUACAAUAGUUGGAUUAAGUGGUUCCACUGAGCGUGUCCAGAACAUGCGCAAAGAGAUUGACAGUUUGGUUACAGAAGUAUCCAGGGCUCAAUCUGCUUCAAAAAAGGCCGUGGACGAUCUGAAAGGAGUUCAAUCUGAAGUGGAAAAGGAUCGAGAUGAGGCAGCGAACCGUUUUGUGGAAGUCUACAAUAAGAUUGCCAUCCUAAAGGAGGAUGUUGAAAAGGUUGAGAAAGCAAACGCGGACAUAAUUCUGAAGCAAAAGGCAACCCCAACACCGACACCAGCACCAGCCUGUCCUCCACCCCCACCCCGACACAUCUCACCUGCUGGUUCGUUCUCAAGUGUUGGCAGAGGAGUCACUAAUUCUCGACCAACUUCUCGACCCGGUAGUGCUAGUUCAAGGCGUCCUUCCUCCGCUGCUAGCGACCAGGCUCCAAGUGAUCGUGGCCGCACCGUCAGUGAAAGCAAAAAGCGCCCCUUCAAGCAAUCCAACGGCAGCUUAAACUUGAAGCCAAAUGGCAGCAAUACCGACAGUCCGGCAGCCAAGAGACCACGCCGAAGACUCGAGCCUCUCGAAUUUCCUCAAGAUGACACUCAGAAAGACCCAACCUACCACCCCAGCGCCGAUUUUGACGACGACGAUGUUGCAGUUCCCACAAUCAGCGAUACUGAUGAUUCGGAUGAGUGAGUACAGGCUUGGCUCCCAUCCGAUUUUCCUGCUUCUCAAAAGUAUAUCGCUGAUUUUGAAGGCUGAAACCACCAAAGAAGUCGAAUGUCAUUGAUCUCGUUAGCGAUAGCGAAUGACUUUUCUU